AGCGAUAUUACCCAAAUCCGAAUGCGUUCAUCAAUGUUGUUGGUCUAAAGACUGCUGCUCCUGCUGCGGUAACCACUGCUGGUAAUGUUGCUGCCGCCACUGCCUCCACUAUUCUGAACUUCUCAUCUGAUCCCCUCUGCGAGCCGUUACUCACAUUGGAUGUGCUGUGCUAUUCACUGGGUGUCCAAAACGCAGUGAACUGCCCUGUAUCACGUCGUCUGAAUGUUAGCCGAAUGAAUGGACAAGGUCUCUCCCGAUAUAUUUUCUGGACACAUUCGUUCUGUCGUGGGCUGUGCUAAAAGAGACUGAAUAUUUUCCAGUGGCAGCAGCAGCAGCCCCGACAGCGUAACCAGUACACGCGGGCCACUGGCGGGGCUACCAUCAUCACUUUUGUUUGUUAAAGACCCAUUUAUCAACAAGAACUUUUGCUAGUGAAACGGGCAAACGGACACCUGGCUAGGAAGAAUACGCCACAAUUAAAUUGUAGAAUAUCUCUUUUUCUGUGUUAGCAUUAGCAGAUAAAUGAACUAUAGACAGGAUCUGCUCUGACUGAUCCGAUACAGCGGAGACGAACCCCCGUUUUUGCUCUAGCCUCUCAACCUGCCGAGAGAAAACGGCGACAGACCGAAAUGGCGAACAUAGCAAUGCAGCGUAUCCGGAGAGAGUUCAAGGAAGUGAUAAAGUCCGAAGAGCAAAAUGCAGCGCGCAUCAAGUUGGAACUUAAGGGGGACGACUUUCGGGAGCUUACCGGCUACAUUAUGGGACCGCCCGAUACGCCUUACGAGGGUGGCCAGUUCGACCUUCACAUUACAAUUCCUGAAACGUAUCCGUUUAACCCUCCCAUCGUUAAAUUCACAACAAGACUUUGGCAUCCGAAUAUCAGCUCACAAACAGGGGUGAUCUGUCUCGAUAUCCUGAAGGAUCAGUGGGCUGCAGCCAUGACGUUACGGACAGUACUUUUGUCACUACAGGCACUGUUAGCAGCAGCAGAGCCCGACGACCCUCAGGACGCCGUAGUAGCGACUCAAUAUAAGAAGAAUCAGCCAUUAUUCCGAGAAACUGCGCGCUUUUGGUCUCAAAUGUUUGCAUCCGCACCAGGCCCUGUAAACCUUGACUUUCAGAAAAAAAUCGACAAGUUUCUUGAAGUUGCGCCAGGGACUGAUAAGCAGACAGCAGUACAACAACUUAGUAACUUCGAUUGGAAUAUUGAUAAAGCCAUUGAGGACGUAUACAAGGGCGUAUGAAUGUUAAUAUGAAUAGAUUGAAUUACAUAUACAUAAAUAUAUACAAAGUAAUGAUUAUAAAGGCAAGGAUAUUCCCCUGUUAAGAAAAAGCCACAAAGAGAGAAAGCGAGAGAAAGGAACGGAGAAUGAAAUGGAACUACUUCCUUACAGUAGAACAUGAGAUGCUCUUACAAUUAGUAAGGAAGCUUUGUAGCGAAAUUAAGGGAGAAGGGUAAGGUAAGCUGAGAUUACACAGGGAAUGUAGAAUGGUUGUUGCCUCGGCCUGCUAAUGGACGGAUCGUCAUUGAUCAUUAUCAUUAUUAUUAUGCAUGCAUUGACAAUGUCGAGCGUUAAGUGUGAUAGUAAUAUAUCCGAACCAGUUAAAACGACCGGGUGGUUAUCGCUGUGCAUCAACAUCAAUAAACCACUAAAGUUUCUUUUCACACCCACGCAAAAUGGGUACAUCUAGCGUUGAUUGUAUUAAAAACCUUCUCUUGCAUCAAUUUUAUUUUUUUGACAGUAUGGCAAGUAUGGAAGAUAAGCGCCUUUUAAGUAACGGCUAUGCUCGAAAUCAACGGCGACAAUUUCCAUAAUAUGUAGUAAGUACUAAUGAAAAUAUUAGAAAUAAAUGAUUAACCCGGUUUUAAAACAGAGUGGUUGUGUUGAAGUGUCAAACAGGAAUGCACGUUGUAUUUCGCUGCUACGGGUAGCAAAAAAGUUUCUUGAGACGGAUUGAACAUUUUUUGUACUCCCUUACCGCCUGCAGUACGCCGGCGUACAACCGAGAACCGUUUUUUUUAAAUAAAUGUUCUAUACCUU